AUGUUCCGCCGACGUGUAGCUCACCAGCUGGUCAGCGCUGUGGCAGCCCUGCGCCUCCUCACCAUCACGCCAAUUCCGAUGCCGGCACUGUCGCCUACGAUGGAGAAGGGCAAGAUCACGGAGUGGUCCAAGAAGGUCGGUGACUCUAUUGCCACCGGCGAUACGUGGUGCAAGGUCGAAACUGACAAGGCUGUUGUAUCGUAUGAUAACGCGACGGAGGAGGGUUUCCUUGGUCGUAUCCUGGUGCAGGAGGGCCAGGAGGUCACCGUCGGCGAGCCCGUCUGCCUCCUCGUCGAUGAGGCGGAGGGCGCCAACUCCGACGAGGUGAAGAACUGGAAGCCCGAGGGGGCUGCACCGGCAGAAGAGCAGCAGGCACCGGCUGCCUCCACGUCGGCGGCACCAUCUGCUACUGGUUCUGCUCCUUCUGCUUCUUCCACCAGCGGCGGACGCGUGAAGGCGUCGCCGCUCGCCCGCAAGACGGCACAGGAGCUUAACGUGUCGCUUGACAGCAUCAACGGCACCGGUGGCGGUGUUGGCCGCAUUGUGAAGAAGGAUGUCGAGGUGGCGGCAGCUAGCGGCGGGAAAAAGGCACCGGCCGCAGCAGCAGCGAAGCCGAAGGAGGCCGUAGCAGCAGCAGCAGCGAAGCCGAAGGAGGCCGUAGCAGCAGCGGCGGCGAAGCCCGCCCCACCGGUCAAUGAGAACUACACCGAUAUCCCCGUCACCAAUAUGCGCGCGACGAUCGCGAAGCGCCUGACACAGUCCAAGAAUACUGAAAUCCCGCACUACUACCUCUUUGAGGAGUGCUCUGCGGACAAUAUGGUGGCACUCAUUCAACAGUUGAACGCCAAGGGAGACGGCAAAUACAAGAUCACUGUGAAUGACUACAUCAUCAAGGCUGUGGCACGGGCUAACAUGCUGGUGCCGGAAGCAAACUCCUCGUGGCAGGGCAGCGUAAUUCGGCGGUACAACACUGUCGACGUGAGCGUGGCCGUGGCGACGCCAACAGGCCUUAUCACCCCCAUCAUCAAAAACGCGCAAGCGCGGGGACUAGCAGACAUCUCCACAGAGAUGAAGAGCCUCGCCAAGAAGGCACGCGAAGGCACGCUGCAGCCCAAUGAGUUCUUGGGCGGGACGGUGUCAGUGUCGAACCUUGGCGCCUCCGGCAUUCCUGGCUUCACGGCGAUCAUCAACCCGCCGCAGUCCCUCAUCGUCGCCGUCGGCUCAGCGAAGCCGCGGCCGAAGAUGACGCUCAACAGCGAGACGGGUAAGUACGAGGUGGGCCCGGAAGCGGAGAUGGCUGUGAAGUUCACCAUGUCCUUCGAUCAUCGCGUCAUUGACGGCGCCGUCGGUGCGGAGUGGUGCAAGCACUUCAAGGACGCCAUCGAGAACCCGCUCUCGCUCAUGUUGUGA